AUGCGAGCUUCAGGCGAAAAGCAACGUUAUGCUGCAGAGCAUGAGGAGGCGGAACGACGAAGAGCCAGACAUUUGGACGACCUUAGCCGCGCAAGGCUCGACCUCGAUGACGAGGAGAAGCGUGCGCGGGAUGCCGCGAAGUCGCGGAAGGAUUUAGAUGCCGAGGCGAAGCGCAUUCACAAGGAAUGCAAGGAGAUCACCGACACGCUGUCAAACAAGAAGCCGGCCCUUGAGCAGGAGAGCGAGAGGCGUGCUGGUUUCCUCCAGAAGAAGCAGGUUUGUGAGGCUCAGAGAGGCCAGCUCUUCGCGAAACAAGGUCGCGGGGCUCAGUACAGCUCCGUCACUCAGCGCAACAAGGCUCUGCGCGACGAGAUCGCUAGCCGCACCACACGGCGUAACCGUGCAGUCAAGGAGCUCGACGAAGCACGGAACGCAGCCUACGAAGCCCAGACCGCCAUCGAGAAGUCGCAGGCCGAGGCCAUGACCAGCCGCGGGGAAGUCAUCCGCCUCGAGCAGGAUCUGAACAACAAGAUCGCCCAAGAGCUUCGCCAGGUUUCGGACCGUGCGGACGGCUGGGCUGAGAAGCGGAGGGCCCUGAUCCAGGAGCGCGACAAGCGCACAAAGGAGAAGGAAGAGGGAGAACGCCAGGUGACUCAGCUCACUGGUAAGAUCGAGAACACCAUGCCUCGACCGCAGCGGAGCGCCUUGAGCGAGGUGCGAAACUGGGUGAUGAAGCAUGGCCUGGAGGGCGACGUCUACGGAACAUUGUUGGAGAACAUCAAUGUCCCGCCGGAUUACUGCAUCGCUGCCGAGAGCACCGCUGGCAGUGCCCUCUUCAACCUUCUAGUGAAGGAUGACAACAUUGCCGGGCAGAUUGUUUCCCUGGUUCGCAAAGGAAGCCUCGGAAGUAUCGUCUGCACACCGCUGAACCAGCUGGAAGUGAAGUCGCGGACGUAUCCCAAGCUCAAGGGAGCGAAGCCCCUCGUAGAUGUGAUCCAAUGCGCUGAGCGCAUGUACCCCGCAGUUCAGCAGGUCUUUGGCAGGACGAUGGUCUGCUCCACCCUUGAGCUUUGUGACGAGGUGAGCACAAAGUAUGGCCUGGACGCCAUUACCAUGGAUGGGGACAAGGUCAGCAGUCGGGGGACGCUGACCGGGGGCUACCAGGAUCCAUCUCGCUUCAUCCGUUUGAGUUUGAACCAGAAGAUGAUCCAAGCAAAGGGAAAAGUCGAUGCAAUUCGUCCGCGCCUCGUCGGCCUCGAGCAGGAGGUGCAGGCGGCGAACAACCAGAUCGAGGAGAUCCAAGGAAGGAAGCGCGAUCUCCUGCAACAAAGGAGCGUAAAGCGUGCCGCCCUGGCUACCGCAGCGGAGUCUGUCGACGAAGCAGAAGGUCGAAUCUCCCGGCAAGAAGACGCUCUGCGCCAGAACCAAGAGCGGUGUGCAGAUCUCCAGAGUUACAUCGCCCAGUACGAGGCAGCGAUCGAGGCCAUGGAAAUGGAGAUGCAGAGCAAAACUCUCGGGGGCCUCACCAAAGAAGAGGAAGCCCAGCUGCAGCAGCUUGGCGAGGAGCUGCAGGACGCAGAAAAGUCGCUGCAAGAGAGCGAUGAGAAGUGCCACCAGAUCGACCGGGAGAUUAAAGGGAAGGAGCUUCACUUGAAGGACUUCCUGCGAAAGCGCUUGGUCGAGGUGGAGGGCGAACUUCGACGUGACGUCCCUGCAGAUCAUGAGGAGAGGCUGGUGGAGCGGAGGAAGGUCGUGGACCGACUCGAACGUGUACAGAAGGAGUCGGAAAACGUCCUCAAGGCAUCGUCGGAGUUCAUCUUGCUCGCCAUUCAUGGCAUCAGGUGGCGGGACUCCAUCGCCACCUUCCCGGCCACGAUCCAAAAGAUCCGCUUCACCGCGCAGCAAGUGGACUGCAAGAUGCAAGGACUAGAAGUCUCUGGCUAUCUUAGCUGGUCCGUGAACCGGGAUGGCGAGGGCCCCUGGAACGCCUACAAGUACAUGGCCAUGCGCGAUCUGGAUGGCGAUGGAACCGUGGAUUCAGACGCGGGCUCCUUGCACAUCGCCGAGAUGGCGAAGGCCGUCGUGCGGAGCCAGGUUGCAAACAGUUCGCUGCAGGAGGUCUUGACGCAGCGGGAGACGUUCCGUUCGCAGGUCAAGUCGAAAGUCAUGGAGCAGGUGCAAGGUUGGGGCGUCUGGGUGGAAGCUAUCGAGAUCGCAGAUGUUCGCAUUUGCUCCGGCAAGCUCUUCGAGGACCUUCAGGCAGCCCACCGGCAUGAGGUGAGGUUAAAGGCCGAGGAGGCUCGCCUGGACACCGACAGGCUGCUACAAGAGCGACGGCUGCAGGACGAGGUGAAGCUGUCAAAGGCUCGGGCAGAGGCAGAGGCUGAGCAGCGUCUUGCGGCAGCAAGACAGCGGCUGAAGGCGGAGCAGGAAGAAGCACAGCUCUUCGCAGUGCAGGCAGAGGCUGCCAAGGCCCGAUUGCGCAUGGAGGAGGAGAUCGAGCUCGCCCGCCUCGAGAAGGAGAGCCGUGUCGAGAAGCAGCGGGCUGCGAACAAGGCUGAGGUUGCGCGGCUCCAGAAGGAAGCCGAGAUGGACAGGCUGCGGAUGCAGUACGACGCGGAGCGACAGAUGCCUGAGAGCAGCCUCAGGUGCCACAGCCUGCAGAAAGCCGUGGAGAUGUGCGAGAAGUUGCCGCUCCGGGAUGUUCGCCUCAACAUGUUCGGGGACGGCGACGGCAAGAACAUGAUGUCCAAGAUCCUGCCCGCGGCGUGCUUUGGUUGCAAUGCAGCAUUGCCGACGCCCCAGUGCACAACGCACGCCGACGCCAUUCGUUCGCCCGCCUGGCACCGACGGCUGCGGAAGGUCCGAUCGCGGGCCAGGGCUCGAGUCCGGCUUCAUCGAGCCAGUGGACUCCAACCGCGACUUUCGGAUCUACUCCGGCUGUCGCUCCACCACUCUCAGCCGAGGUACCGUGAGCUCUCCACGCUCCGGAUGGGAGGCAAGAAGCAAUGGACCCAAGAAGAGUGGCAAGCCUGGCAACGGCGGCAAUCUGCUGGUGCUUGGCAAGAUCCACGGCAACGACAGAAGCCCAAGCGACACUCCGAGCCGGCCCCUCGUUCGACCUUCCCGGCUUUCGACUCGAUGGAGGUGGCGGAGACCGAGGGCGACGAGAACAGGGCCCAGCCUGGACCCUCCUCCGUCCCGAAUGGAGCCACCGACUUGGUGAAGUUCGUGCAGCGCCAGGCCAACAUGAUCCGGAAGUCGGAGGCCAAGCUCAGGAAGGCAGCCAACGACAAGAAGGAGAUGGCCGCGAAAUGGGAAAGGUACAAGCAGGAACUGCAAAGCACCUUCGCAAAGGAGAGGGCCAAGUUCCAGGAUGGCAUGGAAAAGCUCGAGGAGGAGAAGAACGAAUGGAUGCUGACCAAGGACAAGGCCGUCGCCGAGCUCUACGAAACCCUCUUACACCCCGAGGCAAUGAUCACGAAUGCCGCUGCCAAGGAUGCCCCCAAGAACGAGAUGACCAAUGCAGCCCAAAAAGAAUGGGAAGCCCUCACCAAAGAGCCGGAGGACGAAGACAUGGGCCUUGCGGGUCUCUUGGGCUCCAUCGUUGGACAGGAGGGACUGAAGCAAAAUGCACGGCAACAGAUGCUCGAGGCCUUGCAGAAGCAUGUGGCCCACACGCCGGUGAGGCCGACCACGGGAGGCUUGCAUUCGCCGACGGUGGCAGUGGAACGCCCUCCUGCCAAUUCGGGACCACAGGUGGGGCCUUUGCCCUCUGUGACGGAAAGCCCGGAUGUGAUGCUCCGCACCAGGGACCCCUACAUGACCUCCCCGGCCUUCCCGGGUGCUAUGCCAUCGCCACCAUCGAGCCGGACUGUCACGAGACAGCGUCGCGCCGGGAGACUACGAACACCGAUCAAGCUGGCGUCGAAAAAGCCAUUACCGACGCCGUUGGGAGGUACCCCCCUGGCGAGAAAGCUCGAGAGUGUUCGAGCUCGCAAGAUGGACCAGAUCGAGGAGAUCCCGGAUGGGAACGAGACCGACAGCGAGGACCAGUCCAUUGCCGAGAUUGGAGCCCAGCUUGCGGCUGCCUCCGGGACCCACCCGGGAUGA